AUGUUCUCCACCAUCGUUGCUCUCCUCCCCUUUGCCCUUGCGGCCGCUGCUCUCCCCCAAGACGGCGGACACAACGGUCAGUGCACCACCGGCACGCUGUCCUGCUGCGACAACGUCCAGGACACGACAAACGCCGCCGAUCCUCUCGGCCAGCUUGGCCUUGGGCACCUCCUCGACGGUAUCACUGGUCAAGUCGGCUUGCAGUGCACCCCUAUCACCGGUAUUGGUCUUGGUCAGAGCGCGAACUGCAAGCAGCAGCCCGUCUGCUGCGACCACAAUAACUUCAAUGGCUUGCUCAACCUCGGAUGCAGCCCGAUCAACAUCAACCUCUGA